UGGUACCUAUUGUAUUAUUAUCCAUAUAAGCUUCUACUAGUGUGAACCGCCUGUUGCCGAACUCAGAGACUCUACAGUUAUGAUCAAGCCUGCUAUUUUCCACAUAUUGGCCGCUUUGGCCUGUGCAGCUAUUACUAUUUUGGCAAUAGAAAAUGUAUCUUCGCCAUAUGCAAGGGCCUCUCCACUUCCUGGUGCUGCUCACUGUACACCUUUGCGGAAUCGUACAAAUAGGGCAAGCCAAGAUGCAACACGCCAUGGGCGUAGCCAACAUCAGAGUCAUCAAGAGCAACAUCAUCAUCGACGGGGACAAGGAAGCAAACAAUCUCAUGAUGCAUCGACACAAACAGAAAACCGGCAUCGGGGUCCUCAGCAGCAACAUCAACAACCACACCGAGGACAACCAGGACAAAGAUGUCGAGAUGCAUCUACACAAACAGGAGAACUACAACGACCAUGUCGACGCGUAUGGACGCAAACACGGCCCCCCAAUCAAUGAGUUUGCCUGGUACGAGGUCAUGAGUCCAGGAGCUGUGUAUAACCAGUGAGGAAAUAAUUAGCAACUGCACUGUGCUAAAAGGCAAGCAGUUAACUUGAAGCAGAAAAUAAA